AUGUCCGACGCGGCUCACGACCCAACACUCUCAGAUGACGAGGCUGCAAGAGAAGUGACUCCGCCAGAGAAUGGAGAAGAAGGCACGCCGCGACACACCGUCGAAGAGGACGGCCUAGACGCGGAAGUCGAUGAUCUGUUCGGCGAUGAAGACGAUGCGCCAGCCGAUCAGCGCAAGCUCGACGAUGAAGAGCUCGACUCGGGCGACGAUGAGGGUCGAGUAGAUCGCGCCAGAGCGGCAGACGCGGCCGAGGAAGUCGAGCAACAGACCUUCGCCUUCAUGGACGCCGACCUUGCGCGCCAUGCCGUCCCAGAACCCACCGACAAGGAACUCUAUCUACUCAAAGUCCCGCGAUUUCUAUCCUUCGAACCCACCGCAUUCAGCCACAAAACCUUCCAGCCUCCCAUCACAGACCAUCAUUCGAAGCUUGCCGCGUCAGAGCAGUUCUCCGCAUACAACACCGCCAUGUCCACCAUCCGAUGGCGGCGGUCGCCCUCAAAUAACGCCGAACUACAGUCCAACGCUCGUAUUCUACGCUGGUCAGACGGCUCUCUUACUCUGCAGUUUGCGAACGAUCCGACGACUCAAUUUGACAUCGAUGCGAAUACACUUGCGCCGCCGCAGGUCAACCCAAAGAUACCCACACCAACCGCCAUCAAGGAAGACAGGACAGGCAAUAAAACAAGCUCAAAGAAGGAGAGCUACACGUACCUGGUUGCGCCCUAUGAGGAAGCAAACGUCAUGCGCGUAACUAACAAGCUCACAACCGCACUCAACGUGGUUCCCGCGGCGAACCUCAAAGACGCCGCCCUAGAAAAGCUCCAGAAUGACCUUGCCGAACUAGCGACACGCGGCCGCGACGAUUCCGACCAUGCCAUCUCCUUUGUAGACGUGAACGAAGACCCCGAACUCCGCCGCCAACGCGAAGAGGCCACCUUCAAAGAGAAGCAGCGACAAGCCCGCGCUCGCGAAAAGCACGAAGCACGCCAGGCCGAACGCGCAAACCGCACCAUGGGCCGCCCCGGCGGCCGUUCAUCUGGCGGAGGUCUCGACAUCGAUGACCUGGAGGGCGCUCCUCGCGGGCCACGGAAACCACGACAAAAGAGCGGUCUCCGACGGGACUGGAGUGAUGACGACGACUAUGGACGACCCGGCAAGAAUAGGGAAGACGACUACGACGAGGAGGACGACUUCAUUGCGGCGAGUGAUGAGGAGCCCGAGAUUGUCGAGGAUGAUGACGAUGACCUUGACGAUGGGAUCAUGGCAAGUCCGAAGAGGGGGAGGGGUGGCGAUGAUGCUGAUCAUGAUGAGGUUGUGGUCAGUAGGACGAAGCGGAGAAGGGUGGUCGACGAUGACGAAGAUGAAGAGUAG